AUGCAAACAUUGGAAAGUCCAAAACUUUAUUCUGCAAAAGGAAAAGUGCAUGGUUUGUUCUCAAAUCUUGCCGGAAACGAAACACUUUUAAAAUUGAAUCGAGAUGCCUCUACCUCUGGUGAGAAAAUGCUGUGGCUGUUUCUCCUUGGAGAUUGGGGUAUACAGCCUUUGUCUACUAUCAACUAUGGCAUGCUUGGCGAACAUUGCAGCCGGAGCUUGGAGUCUGCCCAAUCACAAACAAAGGGAGCCAGAAGACAACUUCCUCUCCAUGAGCAUGGUGAUGUUCUCGAGUCUCAGUACUGUCAGCAACCUGGUCGCAAGUGCAGGGGCUUACUUGCGACGGCCGAGCUACCUCCAGCUCUCGUUAUUAUUCAACAUGAUAUUCAUCGCGUGCAUAUUCCUGAUAGCGGUGGUCACCUGCAUCUUCAGCCCGGAACUGAAGCGGUCGCAGUUUCUCGACUCGCCAGGGAACAUCACUCUAAUAGUGAUCAUGAUGAUUGCGGGUGUAGCUUACACCAUAUACUACUUGUCGGUCAUCAACGCAUUCUACCGCAGCAUCAAGGACGAUUGCGAGAGUGCCAUACCCAUAUGAGACAGGGAGAUUUGGUCCGCAGCUUUCCAUAG